AUAUGUAGAUGUAUAUAUAUAUCUGAUCAUGGCCGCCAAUUAAAUCUGUUGGAUUGAUUAUUUCGUUAUUAAUAGACACACCCAGAACUGUAUAGAGAAACAAGAAGAAAAGGUGUCGGUGCUGUUGAUUUGACUUUUUCUCCUAGAUCCAUGGAAGAGAUAGGCGGACGCGGUGGUGGAGGUGGCGAAUUAGACGGACGAUGUAAUAGUAGUAGUUGUCCAUCGACGGCCAAAAGGAAAAACGAUCAGAGGCCUUACAAGGGAAUACGGAUGAGGAAGUGGGGAAAGUGGGUGGCGGAAAUUAGGGAACCAAAUAAACGCUCCAGGAUUUGGCUCGGAUCCUACUCCACACCCAUCGCCGCGGCUCGAGCCUACGACACCGCCGUCUACCAUCUACGUGGUCCCUCCGCCCGCCUCAACUUCCCGGAAUUGCUGGCGUCCGAUGGUGGUCCACAUGAGUUGUCCGCCGCUUCUAUUCGGAAGAAAGCGACGGAGGUUGGGGCUCGCGUGGACGCUGAAACGAGUUGUACGUUGAUGAGUAGGAGUGGUACGCCUUCUGAACUCAAGCCCUGUUGGUUUCAAGAAAAGCCCGAUUUGAACAAGAUACCUAAACCCGAACCCGAGUCCGAAUACCCAGAUGGGGAUGAUAACUGGUGAAGGUGUUGAACAGAAGCUAAUUUUUUGGUCAAAAUCUUUUUCUUGGAAAAAAGAAUGAUAGGUUGUAAUUGGGGUUCUGGUGAAUAAAGACUCUUGUUCAAUAUUC